CCAAUGCGGUUAGACACAUCUGAUUCUUCGUUGGAUACAGGCCCUUCUUGAAAAUCUUAUCGAGUGCACGUAAGCUGAGCUACAAUGAAGACAGGUUUUGUGCUGUGUUUUUGCCUUGGCGUCGUCUGCCUGGUAGCCGCUGACGAGGCCGAAGAUGUGGCGAAACUCAUUGAGGAAACUGUUCGCGAGAACGCUGGAAGUGAUGAAUUUGCGGAGAAGGUACUGGCACGAGUGAAGCUUAUUCAGGAGUGCGCCGUGGAACAUAAAGAAGAUGGCAUCGAACUGCUUAAAAAGUUCACCGUGCCUAUAACGAAAGAGGGAACGAAAUGCGCCGCAUCUAAAUCUGGAAUUGCGGACGCCACAGAAAGAGACGCUGCUGAGAAGGAAUGCUACCGGGAGGCUUCAAAACGCCAUCUGGAAUCAACUCCACCUACGGAGAAAGAAACCGCCUUGUACGAGACCAUGAAGGCUUGUUUUCUUCCAAAACUGGCUGCGCUGGAGGCCGGCAGCGUUUGAAGGACAGCAACAGCCCAUGAGGGUUCACCAAGUUUAACUGCUUGUUCUGCUUGACGGAGGUGAACGAAGUGGGUCCUUGCAGUGUUUAUUCCUUUUGAAUGCUCAAUAAACAUCAUGAACCGGAAAUUUCGGUGCUAUUCUUA